ACAGUCCUCGACUCACAGCACACUCCCACUUCGUAGCUGCCCAUUACUUGCUGUUGUACAUCCAGCACCUCUACACCCCCUCGGUAUUUCCGUCUUUCUGUACCUCCGAAGAUGUCCGAGGAAGAGAAGCGCAACCUGGUCACCAAGGAGGACAAGGACGCGGAGAGCGACACAUCCGACGCGGAGAGCGUGGAAGACGACGAGCCUACAGAGGACGACGUUAAGCCCUUGCCCACGCAGCGCUCCUCGCCGUGGCGGCGGCUCGCACUCAUCACCUUCCUCCUCUUAUCCCUCUGGCUUGUGUGGGCCGUCCGCAAGCACGCCAACCGGCCGAAGAUCAUCUACGCUGAGCGGUACUCGGCAGAGUACAAGUACAGACCGGCGGCGAGUCCGAUCCUCACUGAAAUCCUGAAGGACGGGCGGACCCGCCUGAGGGGAGCGGUGCCGACCAAUAAGUGAAGAGAGAACUUGGGUCUGACGUUGUGGUUCUGAGGAGCGUUCGCGGAAUACUCGGACUAGUACUUUCAUUGCUCUCAUUGUGCGCUUUCGUCGUCAUCUUAUUCUAUGCUCGAGUCCGUCUUUUCCCCACUGCCU